AUGUCGCAGACAAUUACAUCUCUAGAUCCAAACUGUGUUAUUGUAUUCAAUAAGACUUCAGGUGCAAACGAGAAAAGUUUGCAUGUCGAAUUUAAACGCUUGAAUAUUCAUUCUGUUAUCGAACCCGGCCAUGAUUUGAAGACGAGUUAUGCGUUUAUCAGAAUCCAUCAGGAUAAUGCGAAGCCGCUCUUUUCAUUUUUGCAGAAUUUGGAUUUUAUUGAAUCCAUCAUACCAUAUCAUGAUACUGAACUGUCCGACGAUUUGCAUAAAUUGAUAUCUAUAAGCAAAUCAAAAAUACUGGAGACCCCAAAACAGUAUGAGUUGUACAACUUAUCGAAUUUGACCAAUAAUCCCAAACAGUCCUUAUAUUUUGCAUUCUUACAAAACUAUAUAAAAUGGUUGAUUCCGUUCUCCUUUUUUGGAUUAUCGAUUAGAUUUUUAUCUAAUUUUACAUAUGAGUUCAAUUCCACGUACUCGUUGUUCGCCAUCUUAUGGACUCUGUCAUUUGCAGCCUUCUGGCUUUAUAAAUAUGAACCAUUUUGGUCUGAUAGACUGAGCAAAUUCUCUUCAUUUUCUACCAUUGAGUUUCUCCAAGAUAAAGAGAAAACUCAAAGAAAUGCCGGUUCAGUUAUCACGUUAAAAAAAUGUUGUUUUAUUCCUGUGGCUUUGCUCUUUGGUCUAGUACUACUAUCAUUCCAGUUAUAUUGCUUUGCACUAGAGAUUUUCAUCAAGCAGAUUUACAACGGUCCAAUGAUUUCUAUUUUAUCAUUUUUGCCUACUGUACUGAUUUGUACGUUCACUCCAGUUUUAACGGUUAUUUACAACAAAUAUUUUGUAGAUCCAAUGACAAAAUGGGAAAAUCAUAACAGUGUUGUGAGUGCAAAGAAAUCUAAGGAAGCUAAGAACUUUGUUAUUAUUUUUCUAUCCAGCUAUGUUCCCUUAUUAAUUACAUUAUUCCUUUACCUGCCAAUGGGGCAUUUGCUAACGGCUGAAAUUAGAGCCAAGCUUUUCAAUGCCUUUUCGAUUCUGGCCCGUUUACCUACCCAUGAUUCCGAUUUUGUUAUUGAUACAAAGCGCUAUGAGGGUCAAUUUUUCUACUUUAUUGUUAUCAAUCAAUUGAUUCAAUUUAGCAUGGAAAAUUUUGUUCCGAGCCUUAUUAGUAUUGCUCAACAGAGAAUUAAUGGACCAAAUCCUAGCUUUGUUAAAGCCGAGAAUGAAAUCGGUAAGGCCCAACUCAGUCCAUCCGACAAGAAAAUUUGGUCGAAGGUUAAAUCAUACGAAACAGACCCAUGGGGAGCAACAUUCGAUAUGGAUGCCAACAUCAAAAAGCUCCUUCUACAAUUUGGGUACCUUGUUAUGUUUUCAACGAUUUGGCCACUAGCUCCAUUCAUCUGUUUGAUCGUCAACUUAGUGGUUUAUCAGGUCGACCUAAGAAAAGCUGUUCUUUACAGCAAACCUGAGUAUUUUUCAUUUCCAAUCUACGAGAAGCCAUCCUCCGUGUCCAAUACAGAAAAACUGACGGUUGGUUUAUGGAACUCUGUCUUAGUUAUUUUCUCCAUCUUAGGUUGUGUUACUACUGCCACUUUGACCUAUAUGUACCAAAACUGCAAUUUACCAGGUGUCGGUGCCUAUACAUCUCUCCACAUGAAUAAACUUUGGUACCUCGCAAAUCCAAUAAAUCACUCGUGGAUAAAUAUUGUACUAUAUGCUGUUUUUAUUGAGCAUGUCAGUGUUGCUGUUUUCUUCCUUUUCUCUAGUAUUUUGAAGUCUUCUCAUGAUGAUGUUCCAAAUGGCAUUGUGCCAAUGCAUGUAGUAAACAUGCAAAACCCAUCAAAACAAGAAGUCUUUGAAAACAUUCCUUCUUCUGAUUUCAAUUCAAAUAACGAGAAAGAAUUGGUUCAAAGAAAAAGGUCUGCCAAUGAGAAUUUGCCCCAUGAAGCCAAUGAGAAACAGCCUGCCUUUUCUUCUAAUGGCUAUGAACCACAAGGUGCCGCGCAAUCCAAGAAUGAUCAAUCCUCUUCAUCCUCAGCCUCAGCUUCAUUAUCCUCUUCUUCUUCUGGUGGCAGAGCUGACGUAGUCAACUCUGUCGAUAACAAUACAGCCGAAUCUGCUGGUGAAAAGCCAUUGGCCGCAGAGAGUAAUGAAAAAAGAAACCCUUUGGUGAAGGUGUCCACCGUUGGCUCAUAUGGUGUUGCAGGCGCCACUUUACCGGAAACAAUUCCAACAUCUAAAAAUUACUACUUAAGAUUUGAUGAGGACGGUAAAUCCAUCAGGGAUGCGAAAUCCAGUGCAGAAUCUUCCAACGCCACUAAUACCAACACCUUGGGCACGGAAAGUAAGCUUUUGCCAAAUGGUGACGCGUCCGAUGCAUUUAGUAGAAAAAUUGAUCAAAUACCCAAAAUUGCUGUCACAGGUGGUGAAGAUAAUGACAACACUAAGGCCAAAGAUGAUGCUACGACCAAGAAUCCAGUAAUUAAAGAUGUGAACAUUAAGCCUGUCGUCGGCGCAGUUGCCAAUGAUGUUCAAUCGAAAGCUUCAAUGGCUACCGAGCUUACAAAGAGGACUGAAGUAAGCACUAAAAAUGGCCCAUCAAGAUCGAUUUCCACGAAGGAAACUAAAGAAUCUACAAGACCAUCGAAUAAAAAUAUUACUACCGAUGCUACUCAGCCCCACCAUCAUCACCACCACCAUCGUGAUGCCGGAGUGAAGAAUGCCACGAACAAUUCUAAGGCAACGGAAUCUUCUUCCUCUUCAUCAGCGACAAAGGGAAAACCAAAACACAAGAAGGGGCUAUUGCAUAAGCUGAAAAAGAAGCUUUAA